UGCAGAACACUGCAAGUCUGGUACAAUAAUUUCCAGUAGUAGUAUUAAUUUGAAAGCGAUUCUUGAUAAUAAAUCACUUUCAUUAGUAGACUCAGUUUCAAAAUCAUUUGAGCCAAACUCAACUUUUUUUCUUUUUUCAUGCUUCUUUUUUACUGUAUUGCAAAGCACUACCAAACACUGAUAAUAACCCCACACAUUUUGCUUGUCAAGAUUUCAAUGUUUCUUUGAAAAUUUUACUUCAAAGGAAGGUUUCCUUUUGGCAUAUGUUUUAAUUAAGGAAGGUCCAUUUUUUCCUAUUUCUAAAAAGGGUGUCCUUUUUUCUUUGUAUUUGUGUAUAUCAAUCUAAAUUUUAGAAAUUUGGAUUCUUGGGUAUGAUUUGAUUUGAAAUGGCUUCAUUUUCUAAAUGGGAUUUGGGUAUUUUAGGAGUAUAAGAAAUCUGGGGUUUUCAUUGUUUGUGUGUAGUGUUGUUGGUGGCUUAUUUCCACUUCUGGGAUCUCGUUUCAAAUAGGUUUCAUUAAUAAUGGCAUCUGACCUUAAUUUCCAACUGUCUAAGAAAACCCAUAUAUUUCAUCUCAAGGUGUGGGUUUUAUUAGCCAUCUUUGUUGGACUUUUCAUUGUGGUAAUUCUUUUGCUGCUGCCAUUUUGUUUUUCUCGUAAAAAAUCGAGAAAGUCUCACGAUAAUACACUACCUAUCAUAAGCAAAAUUCCUUCUGUGUGCAAAGAAAUAAGAGUUGAUCAAAAUUCGGCAAGCAACUAUGGGAGCCAGUAUAAAAAUCCCCUUGCAUUUCAGGACACGUACUGUGAGAAAGAUUCGGAUAAGCUUUUGUCGCAUUCAAAUAUUGACAAGAUGAAAGAUUUCGACAUUAACAGUCAAUCAGACUCAUUUACUUAUUUAGACAAAGACGGAACAUUUGAUUCGGGGGAAAAGAGAGUCGCCGGAACAAAUGUCCCGUCCCCUCUCUCUGGUCUGCCUGAGUUUUCUCACCUUGGGUGGGGCCAUUGGUUUACUCUGAGGGACCUUGAAACUGCAACAAACAAGUUUUCUAAGGAUAAUAUCAUCGGAGAGGGUGGUUAUGGCAUUGUUUAUCGGGGACGGCUGAUCAACAGAACUGAAGUUGCUGUUAAAAAACUAUUUAAUAAUUUAGGACAAGCAGAAAAAGAAUUUCAAGUGGAAGUUGAGGCCAUUGGUCAUGUCCGACAUAAGAAUUUGGUUAGACUUUUGGGCUACUGUAUUGAAGGAACCCACAGGUUACUGGUUUAUGAGUGUGUAAACAAUGGAAAUUUAGAGCAAUGGCUACAUGGAGCUAUGCAACAGCACGGGUACCUUACAUGGGAAGCCCGGAUGAAGAUUCUCCUUGGAACUGCUAAAGCUCUUGCAUAUUUACACGAGGCAAUUGAGCCCAAAGUGGUGCAUCGUGAUAUCAAGUCAAGCAACAUAUUGAUAGAUGAUGACUUUAAUGCAAAAAUUUCUGAUUUUGGCCUGGCCAAGUUGCUCGGUGCAGGGAAAAGUCACAUUACGACCAGAGUUAUGGGCACCUUCGGAUACGUCGCUCCCGAGUAUGCAAAUAGUGGUCUCCUGAAUGAAAAGAGCGAUGUGUACAGCUAUGGCGUUGUGCUUCUGGAAGCCAUCACUGGAAGAGAUCCUGUAGAUUAUGGUCGCCCUGCUCCCGAGGUGAAUCUUGUCGAUUGGCUCAAGGUGAUGGUUGGCAGCAAACGCUCUGAAGAAGUGGUUGAUCCAACAAUCGAGACAAGGCCUUCCACAACUGCCCUUAAACGAGCUUUGUUAACGACUUUAAGAUGUCUUGAUCCGGAUUCUGAUAAGAGGCCAACAAUGAGUCAAGUCGUUCGAAUGCUCGAAUCAGAGGAAUAUCCGAUACCACGAGAGGGCCGUAGACGGAGAAGGAAUCAGGCAGGCGCUGAAGAAACAGAAUCUCAUAAUCGGAAGUCUAACACAGAUAGCAGCGAGAAACCAAUUUUGAGGACGAAAACUAGAAGUGAUCGAUGAACAAAUGCAUAAGAUUGAGCUACAAAAGCACAGGGCCAAUCCCAUCUUUUAUGAAUCUGAACACAGAAAGGAGCCAUACAUAUAUAAUUUUUUCCAUUUGGUACAUCUUUUCAUACUAGUAGAUGUUUGAGAGAAUCAUUUUUGUGUGCAUGAAAGUCAGAGUCACCGAGUUAGUAUAUAUAAAUUCCUCAUUUUUGACUCUGCUCUUUACAGACAUGGGUAUGUAUAAUAGCUAGUUGACAUGCCCUUUUAUAGCAAACAGGGAUGUAAAGGGUUUCAUUUUGUGAUUGUCUAUGAACAAAACCAUUAGUUUUUCUUCUA